AUGGAUAAAAAUCAAAUAAGUAUAGUUCGUAAUCAAUUGAAACAACAGUACGUAUCAUUUUUGAACGAAUGGCCUGAGGAUGAUAGCAGCGGUAAUGAGGACUCAUAUGUGAAUAAAUACAAUUCAUUAUGCAGGGAAUUAGCCAAAUCGUCAGAGGACCAAGUUAAUGAGGAUAUAUGUAAAACCUUUUUUGGUUUUUUAGAAAAUAUAAAUUUAAGUGGACAUGAUAUAUAUAAAAAUCAUAGUAGAUGGACAAAUUUUAUUAAGUGGUCAUACGAAAAAAUUAAUAAUAAUGGUUCCAAUAAUUUAAAUUUAGAAAACAUACGUGAAUUUAUGAUAAAAUUUGGAAAAAUAUUUCAUAAAAAGAUAAAUGGUCAUAUUGAUAAUGUUGAAAUUUUAAAUAAUGAUAAUGAAAUUUUAAAAAACGUAUUGAAGUUACAUUAUUUUUCAAAUAGUUUAGGAGAUUUUUUAGAAGAAUUGAAAAAUGGAUAUGAAACUGAUCCAAAGUAUAAAUCAUAUUGUCAAUAUACCAAUGACUGUUUAGAUAUAUAUGAUAUCUAUUACCCUGCUUUAUGCUCAACUGAUAUAACGGAUGAAGAGAUUCCAGAACAUGUAUGUGAAGUUAUAAAUAAAUUUAAAAAGAAUUAUGAUGAUAGGGUAUUCCCCGAAAUAAGUUAUAGGGGUAAUACUAUCAAAGUGGAUGGUUUAGUAAGAAGUCGAGUUAAGUGUUCUGUGUUGCAAACUCAAUAUAAAGAUAGUGGGUUUGUCCGUAAGCUUGUUCGUGGUUUUGUUAAUAAUGUUAAAGCGGAAGGAUUUUCCCCUUUUAUGUGUGUUAUCAGCAGUUGUGAUAGCAGCAGUUGUGAUAGCAGCAGUUGUGAUAGCAGCAGUUGUGAUAGCAGCAGUUGUAACAGCAGAAGUUGUGGUUGUAACUAUAAUUUGAAAUAUGGAAAUUCAGAGUCGGAAUAUGAGGACGAAGAAUUUUCAGAUGAUGAGGAUGCUUUGGAGGUUGGACAGUGA